AUGGAAAUACACUGUAAGCACGACCCGUUUGCAGCAAUGCAUCCAGGACAUGGAGGAGUGAAUCAGUUAGGGGGUGUUUUUGUCAACGGCCGCCCGCUCCCUGAUGUUGUCCGCCAGAGAAUUGUGGAACUUGCCCAUCAAGGUGUGAGACCGUGUGACAUCUCCCGACAACUGAGGGUCAGCCAUGGCUGUGUCAGCAAAAUUCUCGGCAGGUACUAUGAGACCGGAAGUAUUAAACCUGGAGUGAUUGGGGGAUCAAAACCAAAGGUCGCCACGCCCAAAGUUGUAGAAAAAAUUGCAGAAUAUAAACGCCAAAAUCCCACCAUGUUUGCCUGGGAAAUCAGGGAUAGACUCCUAGCCGAGAGAGUAUGUGACAAUGACACUGUACCCAGUGUCAGUUCAAUUAACAGGAUCAUUCGGACAAAGGUGCAACAGCCGCCUAAUCCCAAACCAGAUCAUUCAGGCCUCAGACUUGCUUUGCCUGGAGAGACUCUAGUGCCUGAAGUUUCGUCCACUGGGUCUGUGACCCAAGUGUCCUCAGUGAGCACCGAUUCUGCAGGGUCCUCUUACUCCAUCAGCGGAAUUCUGGGAAUAACAUCCCCCAGUGCAGAAACCAACAAACGCAAAAGAGAUGAAGGUAUUCAGGAAUCUCCAGUACCAAAUGGCCAUUCACUGCCAGGAAGAGAUUUCCUUCGGAAACAGAUGCGGGGGGACCUUUUCACUCAGCAGCAACUAGAAGUAUUGGAUCGAGUCUUUGAGAGACAACAUUAUUCUGAUAUUUUCACAACCGCUGAGCCAAUCAAACCAGAACAGACAACAGAAUAUUCAACCAUGGCAUCACUGACCGGUGGAUUAGACGAUAUGAAGGCCAAUUUAACGAGCCCAUCGUCAGCGGAUUUAGGGGCCAGCGUUCCUGGGCCACAGUCAUACCCCAUUGUGACAGGUCGUGAUUUGGCAAGCACAACCCUCCCAGGAUACCCUCCCCACGUCCCCCCUGCUGGACAGGGCAGCUACUCUGCUCCAACGCUGACAGGAAUGGUGCCUGGGAGUGAAUUUUCUGGGAGCCCUUAUAGUCACCCACAAUAUUCAACGUACAAUGAUUCCUGGAGAUUUCCCAAUCCUGGAUUGCUAGGCUCUCCUUACUACUACAGUGCUGCCGCCCGUGGAGCCGCCCCCCCCAGCAGCUGCCACUGCCUAUGACCGCCACUGACCCGAUGAGUCGAGAACUCAAGCACUUACUGCCCAUAUCAUCUGACACGACGGCAUUUGAAUCACUGAGACAUAACCAAGCCAAUUAGACUGGAGGAGAGGAACAAAAGAAUGUCCAAUAGGAAUCCACAAGAGAUUGUCCAAUAGGAAUCCACAAGAAAAUAAUUCAAUAGGAAUCCAUAGACUUGACUGAGAUUUUCUUCCCUACAAGGGGGUGAACUGAUAUGUGUUUUUUGUUUUUUUUUAAGGAAAUCAAUGAGAUUUUACUAAAGUUGACUGGGUCUCAAAAAAACCGACCGACCGACCGACCGACCGAAAAACAGUUCUGCUGACAUUCCAUUUUGUUUGAAGGACCGGGCUGUUUCUUGUGAGCAGCCUGCCAGCCCCUGGACCUAUUGCCUCUGGUUGUUUCCAAUUGCGCACCUGAGGAAGAGCAAACCAGAUGGGAUCUUGAGCAGUCCAUUCCAGGGGGUCCCUUUCAAGUGCAUUGACACUGGCUGUCUAGCUUGCCCUGGGCAUCGAGGUGUUU